AUGACUCCCUCCCAGCGCCCGCGGCCGAAGGGAGAUGUUGUGGCUGUCCUCGCCUCUCGCCGCCUCGUUCCCCCCGAGUGUCUAAAUAAGGGUCUGGGACACCCCGAGCCGCGCCCUCUGUGCCCCAGCACCGCCAUUUGUAGCCCUGGAGCCCCCAGAGCACCGCCGGGUGGUCCUGGUAGCCCCCAGAAGCGUCCGCCCGAGCAGCAGCUCCUCGUCGGGGCCGCCUGCCCGAGCAUCACCGGGAAUGGCCUGGGCCCUGGGCGCUGCCUGGGACCCUCUCCCCGGCCCCGGCACACCAGGAAGGCGCCUUCAGCCCUCGGGCCGCCCUGGCCGACCCCGCCACUCGCGCCCGAGGUCGCGGGCGGCCCCCGGAGUAGGAGGGGCAGGAGGAAGAAACAGUCCCUCAUCUGCUGCCUUGCAAAGCCACACUAUGGUAGCCUCAUUAAUGCAGAUGGUCAUGCUGAAGUAUGGACAGAUUGGAAUGAUAUAUCCAAGUUUUUUCAGUAUGGCUGGAGAUGCAACACUAAUGAAGAUGCUUAUUCAAUUCGUACCCUAAUGGGCAACUGGAACCAGGAUAGAUUUGACAUAAAGUACAUCAUCCAACCCAAACCUUUGCCUUCCCAGGAUAUAUACGAGAAUCUCACUGGUUUCCAGGCCAUCAACCUGAGCUGGAGCCUCCUCAACCUAAGUGCACGGAGAAGUCAAAUUAUCAGAAUAGCUAUGUAG